ACGCCGUAUUUCUGUGUUGUUGACUAUUUAGAAAUUUAGACUAACAAAAGCAUUAUAAUGGACAAACCUAAACCAGUUUACCAAGAAGAAGCCGCGCCGGUUGGUGUUGAGGUCAAAGUUUCCCUCAAUAAUGAGGAGGGGAUAAUGGUUUUUACUGAAGAACUUUUUUCGGAGAAAGUCGUUAUGCUGAAGACCAAGCUAAUAGAGGCAUUUGAAGUCAGCAGCACAUCAAAUACUUGGUCAUUAUUUUUGCACUCAGACAACGGCAUCACACCGAUGAAUGACAACCAAUUACUAAGUGAAUAUCAUUCAAAUCUGCAAACGUGCCUAAAAGUUGAAUUACGAAAUGAUGAUUUGGAGCCACAUAAUUGAUUUGAAUAAUAAACAAAAAUGUCUCAUUUAAUUUAAUUAUACCGCGUUUACACUUGCGACAUGUAUAUUGUGCAGGUCUAGAAAGAAAAAAAAACUCGCAUCAAUUAAGUAUAGGCCUAGAUUCGACAUGUUGCGUGAAAAAAAAAAUUUCAUAUUAAAUUAACAAGAUGCGAGUUUUUCUCACCCUAGAUAUGUAUAGUAUACAUGUCGCAAGUGUAAACAUGGUGUUAAAAUCUAUGUUGUUGGGAUGGGGUGUUCGUUUUUUUACUCAUAAAUGUCAUGCAAAUUCAGCAAACAUUUAUUCUUUUUUUGUCGUCACACAAAGACAUACACGCCUAGAUCUGUAAAUAUUACAAAGUAACUUCCCCACUCCCUUUAAAAAUACGCAAUAAAACGAAAAUAACAUUUUGUUUUCAUAACUUUUUUCCAUAUGUCUCAUAUGAUUUGUCUCAGCACAACCAUUAACAUUGUGACAUCAUUUAUUAAAGAUCUCUGAUAUUUUUAUUUUUUAAAGUUUGAACACAAUUUUUGUUGUUGUUUUCAUCCAUAUGCAGUUGGCAAGGUCUAUUAAUUAUUUGUAAUAGAUGUAGAAACAACUUGUGACAAUUUUUAUUUCAGCCCUUAAUAAUUCUAUUGUUAUCUGUAUUAGCAUAGCAUAGCAUUUAAAUUAAAUAUUUUUAAAACCAAAGCAACCUCACAGUAUAGUAUUACUAAAUGUUUUUUGAUAGGUUUUGUUUGCUGGAGAAAAAUGCGACUAAUCAUUUUAAAAUUGUUAUUAAAAUGUCCAUUUGGUUUAAUUUGUUAAUUUAACCCUUUGUUUUAUCUUUGGAAUGAAACAUUUUUGUGGUAACUUCCACAAAGUCAUAGCCAUGUAAAUAAAAUUUAAAAAAUUGUG